ACGUUAAUUUUGUAUGCGCAUGCCCAGGAAAUGUCAAGGUAAGACAACGGUAGUGGGUGACAAGUCAAGCAGAGCAAAGAAACGGCAUAAUUUUCUAGCAAGAAUUUGUGUUAUUUUGCGAGAAAAAUGUUGGGGAAUUCUUUGAAGAAUCCACUAGCUGAACUUUAUCAUGUGGAGCUAUUAACUGUGCAGUGGCUGCAAAAUGUCCUGACACCAGUGGAACCGGCACUUCUGCUUCUCAGCGAACACUUCAAGCCAGCGAAAUUAAUGGAUGUUUAUGUGCCAUUAGUGGGAGCAUUUAAUCAUCAGCUGUUAGUCCGUUUAGUAGGUGCACUAGGUGUCAUCAAUGUGAUCUCCUCGCUAGUUAAAUGGUCCAUGCCAGCAAAUCGUCCUUACUGGUGGAUACGUGAAUAUAACGAGUCAAGCGUGUUGCAGCAGUAUCAUGGUACAUGUGAAACGACUGCUGCUUUCCCUUCCAGUCAUUGCCUUUCGUUCACUACAUUCUUUUACUUGGUGGUGCUGUUUCUUUUGCCACCUUGCUGGAGGCGUCUGAAGCUGUCUACGCGACAUUUGAGCGCCAUUUGCAGAGCGCUUGUUAUACUAUCAGCCACUUGCAUGUCGCUUAGUCGCAUUUACUUGGCUGCUCAAUUUCCACAUCAAUGUUUUGCGUCUUGUUUUGGAGCGAUAGCUGCACUGCAUGCAUUUGAUAGGUAUUCCGACAAUUUGUAUACACUAAGUCGGUUUAGGGCAGUGUUAAUUGUUUUCUGCGGGAGUAUUUUCCCCGUGGUAAUUUACUUGGGCAUGCUGCGGCUGGAUUUAGAUCCGCAUUGGUCGGUACGAAUGGCUUUCAAGUGGUGUAUGGACCCAGCGCAAAUGCGUCACGAGGAAAGUUCAAUUUUUGUGUUGGGGCGCGACUUCGGCUAUCUUAUGGGUGUAGUACUUUCAGCGCCUCUAUACAAACGCUAUGAAAACAAGACUGUUAUUGUCAAGCGUUUACCAAUACUCUUCGUCCUAGAAAUGCUCAAUCAUUACGCGCGCCUGGAAACACCAAAAAGUUAUGGUCGCGUUGCAUUUGUUGGUUAUGAAUUUCUACGAAAUGCUAUGCAUUCGUUUACACUUUUAACAAUUUUACCGAAAACCACAACAUAACUUCGCAAUCCUCAAAGUAAAGUUUGUGAGCCGAAGAGAAACAAUAUUCAAAUCCAGAUAAAAAUUAUCAUAAUAAUAACCAAUAUAUAUAUAUAACUUUGUGAAUGUAUAUAUGUAUGUGUAUAUUUAAACAGGUAUUAAAAAGCAA